AUGGAUAGGAUCAGCGGUCUACCAGAUGAACUAAUUAGUCUAAUCGUGAGUUUUCUUGCUGCAAAGGAUGCUGCGUCUUUGUUGGUUACCUCAAGGAGGUUUAGGAAUCUCUAUAGCAUCAUACCAGAUCUUGAGUUCGAUGACAAAGUUAAGUUUCAGGGGACUUUCACGGAUCUUGUGAGUGGAGCAAUGGCUCGGCUUGAAACGACAACGUGCAUAAGAAGAUUCUCUUUAAAAUCUGAAAGGGGUCUUGAUCCAAAUCGUAUCAACCACUGGCUACGUAAUGUGUUGAAUCUUCGUGGAGUCAUGGAUCUUGAAAUGGGCAUAUACGGUGAUAAUGGAUAUACAUUGCCUUUGGAGAUCUUCACUUGCAAGACUGUCAAGAAGAUGGAACUAGGGAGAGAAAUUGUUAUCAGUGUGCUGCCUGAGAAUGCCUUGCUACCAGCGCUUGAGACUCUCAUUUUUGUCUCCAUCCGGUUCUGUAAUCUUGCUGAUUGUGCGUUCAAGGCGUUUCUUUCGGCUUGCCCUGUGCUUAAGGAACUAACCAUUAAUGGUAUGUACUGGGAAACUUGGGAUUGGUCAGGCAUAGUGUCUAGUCAAAGCCUUCAAAGACUUACUAUUGGUCGUGAACUGUCAGGUUUUCAUGGGCCUGAUCAUCAGAACAUUACUUUUGAUACUCCAAGCCUUACUUACUUAGAGUACUAUGAUUUUGUCCCGGAUGGGUAUACAAUUCUUAGUUUUGAGUCCCUUGUAGAAGCCAAGCUCGACCUUCUUGUGAUGGUAAAUCGCCGAUGGCGUGACGUAGUUAUAAAUGACGGUGAUGUCUUAUCUAGCAAUGCAACAAAUCUGAUUCAAGGGAUAAGCAAUGUCGAGAUCUUGGAAUUAUCAUCUCCUUAUAUGUUUGAGACGCUUUACUUAUUCCGUGAUGCAAUUCCGGUAUUUGAAAAGCUACAUCAUUUGACUAUGGUAUAUGAUGAUCGCUUGGGUUUCUGUUGGAGAUUUCUUCCCUUUUUGUUAAAUAAGGCUCCAAAUCUGAAGACCCUUGUUAUCGAGUGUGGAGUGCACUAUCUUGAAGAACUUGACUAUGUGUGCGGCUGUUUGUCGGGAUAUUCUUGUCUAUUGUCAUGUCCUCUAGAAGUCUUGGAGAUAACCUUGGAGGACGGAAGAAUCGGUGAAUUGGAGCAAAUAAAACACUUCUUAGGAAAACUGUCCCGUCUUGAGUUGCUGAAAGUUCAUUCUCGGGAAAGAUUGAGCGACAAGGAAAAGUCAAGAAUCAUCACUUAUCUGCGAAUGCUUCCAAGAGCGUCGUCCAAGUGCGAGGUCCAGAUCUGUUUUACUUAA